AUGUCUGAUUCGGAAUCAGACUUCUCUCUAGAUCCAAACACGUCUGGGCUCAUCGGUACCUUAGAGUUCAUGAUCGAUGAAAGCAAAUUUCCAUUGGACCUUUAUGACUACCAGAAAGUGGACGUACAAUCGCCCGCAAAACUGGGGCAGAACGAGGAACUCUUGAACGGAACGAAGCAUACGAAACUGCUACUUUCGAUCAAGGAACAACUCAAUUCGCUUGUUGCAGCUCUCGGCUUACUCGAUCCCACUGAAGAGCCGAUCCCAGACAUUGACUUGGCUUUGAUGGACGAAAACCACAAGAAUCUCUUGAAACAUCUGAAAGCUUUCAGAUUCUCUCCCUUACAUGAUCAAAUCUGUGACUUGAUCAAAUUCGACAUCAAUAUGCUAUUCGAAUGGUACCUCUUAUUCAUUGAGAGUUACAAGCGACCAAGUAAGCUUAGUGCAGAAGAGUCUGAACAUCAAGCCAAAAGGGGACAACGAAUAAUCGAAGGUGUAACCGAUUGCGAUCGUGCGAUUGAUGACAUAAUCAAAUGGUCCAAACGCUCCGAUUUUGCCAUUCUCCGACAGGGCUGGCUAAAGACAAUCGAAUCACUCAAUGAAACAUCAGAACGCAUAGAAAUCCAACUCAAUCCCAAGGGGAAACUUCCUCGAAUUGCUGGUGCAGAUGAUCAAAGACGGGCCGAAGAUCGACACGCUGAGGAAAUUAUCUCUGGGGCGGGAAAAUCGGUCAUACUCUUGCUCAAGUUGACCCGAAUUCUGUCAAAGAAAUUAAUGGAAAUCACCAAGAACAACUCGCCUUUGAUUUUGGAUUCGAAGAAGAUUGAUUGUCGGGCGCUUAACCUCUUAGCCGACGAACCUGAUUCAAUGAGUCGGGCUUUCGACGACUUUGCGAAUUUUGCUCAGUUCAGCUUUCGCCCGAUUCGCAAUUUAGCUUUGAUUCGGGCUCAAGUGAACCUCUCAUCAGAAAUCCUAGAGCCCAUCUUCCUCGUCCUAGACUCUCAUGUCAUCACUUUGGAGGACGGGAUCGAUCAUUCAUCAGCCAAAGAUCACUUCAAUGCUUGGUCUCUCAAUAUGAAAGAUCUCUGGCAUAAAGCUGCCAAUCGUUUCCUGGAGGACUUGACUGUCGAUGAUGAUUGGGGACCACCUUAA